AUGAUUAGCGUAGUUGGUACUGCCACAUGCGCCAGAGGGUGUAGGAAUGAGGUGGUAGCCGGCGUGGACGGCGCUGGAGUCCCGUGGCUGCUCAUGGGCAGCCUACCCGAGCUAACCGAGCGGCCGCGGCCACACGACCCGCGGCAGGCGACGCGCACCAUAUCCGACCCUCACCGCCACCAAGCAGUCGUUGCCCAGUUGCCCGUCAGCACGAUAUACAAGAAGGAAUGGCCGUGGAGGCAGAAGGGCAGGCCGGCGUUCGCCAACCGCCGGCGGGACUCCGUCGCGUCGUCCGUGGGCGCCGCGUCCGUUCGCCGGCUGAUAGCGAGGCAGCCACCCAAGGUGCCGGAGGCGGCGGUGAGGCGUUUCGCGAUGCUGUGCGUGGCGAGCGGCCUCUGCUCGACGGCCCUGCUGCCGUUCACGGCGUUCGCCGGCGCGGAGGCGGGCGCGGUGCCCCUGGCGGUCAUGCACACCGCCGCAGCCCUAGUUGCCCCCCUGUCGCCCCUCAUACUUCAAAGGACCGGGCCGCGGCUGAUAGUGACCGUCUCCCACGCGAUGGUCUGCCUGCUGCUGAGCGCGCACACCAUUGCCACGCCGCUGCCGCUGCUGCUGAUGCUGUACGGCGUCUGCGGCGCGACCCUGUCUCCGAUGUCGCUCGCGCUGACCGUGUCAGCGACCUCGCUCGCCCAAGCGGCCGGCGAUGAGUGCAGGCGGAAGGUGGCGUUGCGACGCGCGCUCAGGGGCCUUAGGGCCUCGCAGGACCUAGGCUUAGUGCUCGGCUCGCUCCUGCUGGGCGGCGCUUUGAUGCUGUGGCCGGAGGAGUUGGCACCGCAGGUCACGGCCGUCGCCUCCAACGUGACGGCGCCUAGGUGGCCCCCGCCUGAGGAGUACUAUGCUGAGGAUGACUACGAGGAGCGGACGUGUGGGGCGGCGGGCUGUCCGCAGAUCCGCAUGGUGUCCGGGGGCGCAGGCCUAAGCGGGUCGGGGCGGAGCGCCCUGGCCGCCACGUGGGCGGGCCUAGCGCUCGCCGGGGCUGCGCUGGCGGCCGCGGGCGCCAACGCCACCGCAGCCCCGCCGGACUCCCGCGCAUCUACCAGAGACCCCAGAGCGACUCUGGCAGCUCCAAUGGGUCUCUUCAUAGGGCUCCAACAGGGAUUCAUAUACACGUCCUACAUGAAGUGGUACGGCGUGUGCGUGGGCGGUUGGGGCGGGGCGUGGCGCGCGCUGUGCGGCGCCGGGGCGCUUCAAGCGCUAGCCGCGGCGACGCUCAGCAUGGCGGCCGCGCGCGCUGGCGGCGCGUGGCGCGCUCUAGCCGCUGGAGGGGGCGCCGCUCACGGCUCCCUGCUGCUGGCGUUGCUGCGCUGGCGUGCUGCGCGCUCAGACCUCGCGCUGCCCGCAGUGGCCGCCGCAGCGUGGGGCGCCUGCGCUGCGCUGUGGGACGUCCUGCAGGUGACUACUGGAGUGGUUAUCCGGAUAGUUGGUCGAGUAUCAGAGAGCAAUAUAACGUUUACCUUCAAGACGACAUCAAUACUAGCUAAACCAACGCUUAUCAAUAGGCUUUUAAGUGCUGCG